GGGCGGGGUUGUCACUCUACAACGCAUCCGGACUGCCGCCCAGCCCCGUAACUUGAUCUCCUGCCUCCUGUCACGACCCACGACACGAAAAACUACCGCCAAGCGAACAGGUGGCGGUGGCCGAGAUGAGGACCUUGGCACGGAGCCAGGGAUACACACACGGUGCUCCUACUGCUGCUGAUUCCGCUCCACGGGAUGAGGGGGAGGGAGGAGGGGCCAGCAGGUGGCGUUAGAAGUAGUAGAAGAAGAAAAAGAAGUCCGUAGUUGUGUGUGUACGUAAGUGUGCGUGUGUGUUUCAGGUGGGAUCCACUCCCCCCUCGCACUCUGACCACCCACCGCCCCGAUGCCCCAAACGUGGCCACAACCCUCUGUGUGGGUCAGGGUGGAGCAGGCGGCCCGCCGUCGACCCGUGUGUGGUCUGUGGGGCCGUGUGGUCGAGCCCACCCCCGGGCCAACCGCUGCCCGCGACAGCCAUAACAAAUCACAGUUUAUCAGGCCCUUCGGAAAAUCGUUCGUUCUCCCUCUAACUCCACUCCGAGGACACAACAAGCAAAAUUCCGAUUGUAUGCCCUACGCAUGGCAUCACGACGAGGUCCCCGGGUACAUGUCACGCGGCAUAACGAGGCUACGGAGAUGACAGAAGGCGCCAGGGGCUCCGUGAGGGUGAACGAAGCGCAGGGGAGCGAACGUUAUUGGUGAUCCAGGUGUAGUAAAGGUAGGCAUCGUCGGCUCGAACCAACGGAGUCAAGCAGUCUAGUGGGUCGGCGGUGGUGCAGUAACCCGCCCGAGAAGAGAGACACUCCAGUUGUACUACGGCAGUCACCUCUUCCACACACGCACGAGCACUCCACUCUCUCUUCUUAGCAAGACCACCAUCGACACUCAACAGUCGCCCGCCAGCCAACUUCUGUCCAAAUAUUCCUCUCUCCCCAUCUGAUCCUCAUCGCUCAACCAUUUCAACGUCUUAAAGAUACCCACAGCACAUAACAACACUACAUCUUCCCUUUACUGCAAUUUUUACAUUAUUUCUCUGCGGAUGACACUGAUAAAGGUUCCAAAUUCCCGCUGCAGCACGUGUUUGUUUACCCUCAUUCGGCACAAUGUGGCACCGUCAUUUGGAAGGGUACCAGAUUCAAGGCGCUUGUGAUGUCUUCUUGACAUAGGUAACAUUAUAAUAUUUGUGUCUGUCUGCUUAAAGAACUUUGUAGUUAUUUGCCAUAUAACAAACUGAUGAAGAUUUUUUUACCCAAACCGGCAAAACUACUUGAGAGAUUUAUUAUAUAGUCCCAGCGUCGCCUUCAUCACGUCUUCCAGCAAAAAUUGGAAUAAUUUGAUCCCGUUUCACCAGGUCCUUGGGAUACUACCACCAGUGCAUUGUGGCUGCAUGAAAGUCCCAUUAAUAUUCCAAAGCACGUCCUUCUUCCAUUACAAUAACAACUCGGCAACCUUCGUUAAUAGACGGACGCAUACCACCAAAUAUAAAGUAAUCACAUACCACCAUCUUACUCAGUCACUACAACGGUCUAUUAGACAUCGACCUGUUAUCAUUAUUACAUCCUUUUUCCACUUGCCCUCGUUAAGAUUCAUCCCUCCAGGAAAGAGAAGCGGCUACAGUAUUUUUUUUUUUUCUGUUUACAAACUUGCUAUACCUAAAAUCGUUUUUAAGCUUUCUUCUAUUCUCGAUAACUAACAAAGCUUGAACGUAAAACAAAGCAAGAAGCGGUGAAGCUCGAGAAGAGACUAAACGACCCCGAGACAAACACAUUUCAUCAACCUCAUAAAAAUAAUCCCAACACCAUCAGCCCCAUCCAAUCCUUCUUCUUUUUCUUCUGCCUAGCCCCCAAUCACUCCAAACCUCCUUCACUCCCAAAUAAUCACAUCAUCGCAAUAUGCCAUGAUUCUACCAACCAGGACAGGCGGGGCGGCGAGUUGAUUUUGCUACCAUACUGGGUGAGACUGGCGCAUUAAUUACUCCCCUGUAAGAUCAAAGCCGGUCUCUCACUGAGAGUUUAGAACAAGCCAAGUGACGGUGGGGCGACCAAGGGACUUGGUGAGGGCAAACCAGGAGGGCCUUUUCCAAAGACUCCCUUCUUGUCCUCCAGCAGCAGCCAACUGCCCCUGAAAUUGUCCAAACCGAAAGAAAUGCGACUCUGGCGACGCGAUUUUCAUCGGUUCCCUCACGGCGACGGUGGAAAGUUUUCGGCGGUGUAAUCUUUGCUAUGGUGAAGAUUCGAGUUACUCCGUUCUGUUUUCUGUUAUGCGCGACGCAUUCUAGGCAACAGAGGAAAAAGUAAAGGCGUCAAAAUAAAUUAUAGGAAAUAAAACGCCAGGAGGUCAUGUCUUCAGAUUAUCAGUAAUAAUACAAAAGAGUGCAAUUUUGGUCUAAUGUGCGUUCAUUAUUAAAUCAGUGAUUGAAAAACAGAAGUAUGUUCAGUGGAAGGACGCUCCUUCAGCUUUGAAGGCCUUGUGAAAGAAGAGACGAAGAGAAAAACAAGAAAGAACGAAAAUAAGAACAAAAACAAGUGGAGAGUCAGUUAACCAUGUGGUGCGAGGGUUGGUGUGUACUAUGAGUGGCCCAGCAGAGGUUGCCGGACGCGCAGGAGGGUCGGCUGGCGGCACACGAGAAGUUCACAAGAAUGGAUGGCUCAAGAGAAUGCCCACCCAGGAGCGUCGGCUCUCCGUCAUGGCGCCCUUCUCCAAGCCUCCGAGGUGUGAGAAGCUGUGGGUCUCGUUCUGCGUGCACGACGAGACUGAAGGAUGGCUGGAGUUCUACGAGAACCGGAGGUCGGCCUUCAGUCACAACCCCAUGUACAGGACCUCUCUGGCGAGGUGCCUUCACAUCUCCCCCUCCAUCAGGGUCCACGAGGACAACGAGCACGUGUUCGCCAUCACUCUCGAGGGCGAGGUCAUCAAACUCGGGGCACAAAGCAGGGAGCAGAUGAUGGAGUGGAUAGACUCCAUGCGGAGCAGACUCCGUGAGUUGGGCGUGUUGACGCCGAAGGACAACCUAUACAGCAAAGAGCCCGAGGGUUUACGCUCGCCCCUCCUACGGAACCCCAACUCGCCCCUACCCCCGACGCCCACCUUCCAGUUCCCACCUCACGCCCACGAGUUCAGAGAUGAGAUCUCGAGCCUACAUUCCAUGCGUCUAGGGCUGAGUCCAGCGCCCAGCAUGACCUUGUCGACGGCUUCUGGCCUCUCGUCGAUGCAGAGCCUCAAUUCGGUAUCGUCGGGAUCGUCGGAUCCCAACAUCUCUCCUUCGUCAGUAGUUACUUACGUUCGACACCACCACGAUGUUCCAUUAAACAGACGGUCUUCCCUAAGGGCGUCCCUACCCAGUUCGCCGACGACGCCUGCCUCAGGAACUGGGUCUCUCACAUUCCUACGGUCACCACCAGGGCCCCAGGUGUCUCAGCCUAGGGAACACGUGACGGUCAUCAACGUCCCGUCCCCGUCAGCCUCCGUCUUCAAUUUUGACACCGUUGGCGCGGCCCUGGAGUCGAGCGGCAGCAUGGCCAACUCGCAGCUCUACGGAGCCGUUUACCCGACGCCCGAUUCGUCAGUGAGCGACUCGAUGGACUUGCUGGACACCAGCGAGGCUUCUUAUUCUGUGAUCCCAGACCCCAACGCUGUGCAACUCAGAGUUGGAAAUUCUUUAGGGGCCGGCGGUGGUGGAGGUGGCGCCACUGGUGGCAGGCCUCCGCUGCCCCCAGGUCAAAGAGCUAGUGCUUAUGGAGGUGCUGGCGUCGGCGUAGGUGUUGGUGUUGGUGUUGGUGCUGGAAUGGCAGCCGGGUACACCGUUGGAGCGAGCGGUAUGGGUGCGAGUGGUGGCAGUGUCGGGGCGAGCAGCAUAGCAGGCGGCAGCUGGACAAACGUGAGCGCAUCGGAGAGUUCUUACGAGCCCCUCUUCUUGGCUGGCACCGCGGGACUAGCGGCUCCGUCCACGCCCACGGCAGCUCCUGCACCACAGGCCCCUCAAACGGGACUGCUUCGACGUCGUUCAGAGCACCGUCGAUCUGGGCGACGAGAGCACGGUCGAAGGGCGGCGUCGGUCGGGCCUUCUAUAGCACCGAAACAACAGCCGUCUGGUCAUCCACAGCAGUACCAGGUUGGGCAAGAUGGACGACUCAUGAGCCUUCGUGAGCAGCAAGUGAUCCGACUGCAAAGAGAAAUCAGCCACCAAGCAGGCGUCAGGCUCACCCUACGGAAGAAGGACUGCAUCAACUCCGUUGCUUUUGUUAAUGUUUUCAACCACGUAUACGUAGCCGGCUGGAAGCAAAGGGAACAUCCCUAUUUACACAAUACCUUCCACAUCGGUGAUCGCCUCGUCAGCGUGUGUGGGGUCCAGGUGAAUAACGCCACCGAAGCUCAUAAUCUCAUCAAAAACGAACCUACAUUGAUGGUGGAGUUCAUCAUCCGAAGAGUUCCCCACGGGAAGGUUUUCGCCCUCAAAAGAGAGACUGAGGGUCAACCCCUCGGGGUCAUCAGAGAGGGAAACACGGCAGAGAUCAAGGAGAUCGUCCCUGGAGGACUGGCAGCUCAGCACGGAGUCCCGCCAAAAGCCCCGACUAUGGACAACCUGUCGCUCUGUUCAUGGGUCCUGACGGAGAUUAACCACCGACCCUUGAACCUCUUCUUCAAGCACAUGGAGAUCGCAGACCGCUUGAACGCUGUAGGAAGGGAUAUUUCCAUCCUCAUCCAACCCAUGGACCUAGUCAAGCAACUCAAGAAGUCCCUGAAGGCCAUCAAAGGCUACAAGGAUUACAUAGUGAUGUGAGCCCUAGUGGGAGGAACACUUCGACGCAAGAGCCCUUGCAACGCUGAUUGGCGAGUGGGUCUAUCCUGGCGGCUCAUAAAAACUUGGGAUGAGAAGGUCUCCACUGUAAACCAAAUUCCGUUUCGUAUUCACCUCUCGGUUAGAUCUCGCAUCACCUGUGUGUUGUUGAGGAACAAUGGAUGCUAAACUUCUGAUGAUACCUAGUUAGAAAUAGUAGUUGUGAUUGCGCUGACGAUAGAUGAAAGUCCAAAUCAAUUUAUUUUUGUAUGAGAUAUAUCCGUAUACUUAAUCAGUGUUCUUGACAUUGCAUAAUUUUUCGAAGGUGAAGAAUAUGCCUUAUGAGGCUUAUAUGACCAGAUGCGAAAAGACGCGGUUUUUUUGCAUCGUCAGUGACCAAGGAUCGUGUAGAAUAAGAAGAUGGCCCACCGAUUGCUUAGGAGAUGUGUGUGGAGAUUAACUAAUCGUUUGAAUACCAAACGCUUGUAACAAGCGUUGGGUUCUGUGCUGUUGCUGUUGUUAUUGUUGCUGUUUUCUCUUUUAAGAUGUGUUCGCUGAAUGCUAAAAUGAUUAAAAGAUUGUGAUCUGUUGUGCCAAAUGAUAUGCCUUGGUUUUACAAAAACAGCAAAUCUCAAAACUUCUUUCAAGCUAACGAAACACAAAAAUUACGGGAAUUUUUCGUAUCUGGAGUCUGAUGCGUACUUUAAUUGCUGUGAAUAGUUCUUGAGUGACUACGCAACCAAUGAGAGUCUUACACGUGGCAAACCUAUUGAUUAUGUCAUUUAUGCUCUGCUCUUGUCAAUGAACAAAUCCCACUCAAAGUCUGAGUAACAACGAUGAAUAAUGAGACUUGAUCUACCGAGUACCUUCUUUUUCUUCAUGAAACGUGAAUAUCCAGCGAUACAAAAAGGUACUCCACCACCUUCAUGAAUUGCAUAUGUAAAAAUAUAUAUAUAUAUAAAAGAAUUCCCUCAGAGAUUCUUAUUUUGUAGGUCAAAUAUAUUUGAAAUAGUUAUGAAAAUCACCACCGUUUCCCUUCAUAAAACCUUUUCAUCUUCUUCUUCUUAAAGCCUUCAGUUCACACUUGAUUCUUGCUGCAGUUACCACAAGUUAUGUUGGUUCAGCAGGAAUUUGUAGAUUUUGUCUUCAACUAUUUCAGUGUAAUGACCAUUUAGUAUAAUAAAACAUGCUUUCACAGUAAGAACUGUAACUGGAAUUCUGAUGCAAAAUUGAAAAAAAUGGGGCUAGUUGCUGAUGCCGGAGAAUAAGUAAUGUUUGCAUCUGUAACCAAAGACAUUCUGUAAGACCCGGCGCCCCAUGUAGGGUAUUCCCAUGAGGACUUGAAGACCGUUGCUGGUUUGCAGUUUCACAAUGACUGACUCCUUGUGAAGUUGGUAUCACUUGUGUUAUGAUAUUUCACUUGGAUUGAAGAAGAUAUUUGCCAAGCUAAUGAGUAAAUCGUGUGAGUGUUACCGAACAGGAUGUACGUAGUCUAUAGUUCUUCAGUGAAGUCACACAGUGGUGCUUUGUUAAAUUCAAUUACUUGCUUACUGGUCGUUGUCCUUAAAAAUAUGUCCCUCACUGUUGAAACCUAUAUGUAUAAUGGUGCUAUCUCUCAAGUGAUAUGUGUAAAUAAGGUACUUAACAAGCCUGUGGCCUUUGAAACUAAACCUGCGGCGAGUGGUACAAUUUUUGAUAGGUAGCCUGGAUUAAAACAAGUUCUGAUAUUUUCAUAUGGUGUGAUUGUAACAUUUGUAUACCAGUAAAUCUUAACACACAUACGCCAACACUACAUAAGUCGAAGUCUGUAUCAUAUUUUUGUAUAUUGUGGAGUCUAAAAUGUUGUGAUAAACUCUUUCUGAGAAUGUUCAAUCACAUGACCUAAAUCAGUAUCUUUGUGCAUUUUGUAUCACAUUCUGACACUACACAAUUUUUCGUUGUGGCUACUACACAGCCUGGAAACAGCGCGCAUAAACACAUGUAAGUAUUUGGCUGGAUAAUGUUAUCAUAUUCUGUAGUGAUAUUAUCAAAACCACUUUUAAAUAGAUUGAGCAUACGAAACCACAGACUUAGGUGAAAUGCACAUGGCAUAUAUUGAUCUUCAGAAAUUUAUUUCUUAAGAUGUAAAUAUAAUGCAUCUGUGAUUUAUGCAAUGGAAAAUAUCCUUUAUUUCUUGGCAGAUUAUACUAUUUCCCAAUUCCUCUGAUGUAUCCAGCUUACAUUAUGGUGUAUGACAUAAUUGAUUCAGUGCAUGGCAUACAUUAUGGUGUAUGACAUGAUCCAGUGCUGGCAUACAUUAUGGUGUAUGGCAUAUGAUUCAGUGGAUGGCAUACAUAUGGUGUAUAACAUUUAACAGGUUGUCUUAACCACAGUCAUUCGGCCAUGAUGCUUCUCAAGAUGCCUAAUUAAGAAACACUGCUCUAACCACUCUCCCCUUUCCUUUGUUUCCUUUUUAUUAUUAUUAUUACUUGUGUUGUUUUCCUUCUGUAAAUCUGGAUCAGCAAAGGAUGCGUAUCUUCAGUUGACUUUUGUUUAUUUUUAAGUUCUCUAUUCCGUGUUAUCCUCGUACUACAGAAGCAUAAACACUUGUCAGUUUUAUGUGGCCUUACCCUUAAAUAAACUUUAUGAAACA